ACACACCAGGCCAAGUUUGUGACGUGGCAAUUCGACGGUGAGUACCGGGGGGACGACUGCACCGCCACCCUCACGCUGGGCAACCCCGACCUCCUCGGCGAGUCUGUCAUCCUGGUGGCCCAUUUUCUCCAGAGUGUCACCUCCCGCCUGGUCCUGGGUGGGGAGAUGGUUUAUCACCGGCGGCCGGGGGAGGAAGGAGCCAUCCUCACCUUGGCGGGGAAAUACACGGCUCUGAAGUGGGUGGCGACGCUCAACCUGGGGUACGGUGGUGCCCACGCCAGUUACUACCACCGAGCCAACGAGCAGGUGCAGGUUGGGGUGGAGCUGGAGGCCAACACCCGCUUGCAAGACACCACCUUUGCCUUUGGCUACCAGCUCAACUUGCCACAGGCCAAAAUGGUCUUCAGAGGGCUCCUGGACAGUAACUGGAGUGUUGGGGGGGUACUGGAGAAGAAGUUGCCCCCCCUGCCCGUCACCCUGGCUCUGGGCGCUUUCCUCAACCACUGGAAGAACCGUUUCCACUGCGGUUUCAGCGUCAUCGUGGGCUGA